GGGAAAUUUUUUAAGUAUUCGAUGAGCCACGCGAGCAGAGUCGUUCGUGCUGCUUGGGCUGUAGUAGGAGGGAAGCUGAAAAUAUAGAAUAAUUUUCCUCCAUUAUGUACCCACCAACCGGUCACAAUCCAGGAAAUUCCAGAUUUUCUCGAGAAAAAUGUGAACUCUCGCACUUGCCUAAAAGGAUUUCAGUUCCCUCACCUUUUUCGCAAAUCACUAAAGAAAAGGGAAGCCAUAGGGACAAGCAAGAGAGAGAGGAAGAGAGAGUAGUGAAAGCAUGCCUUGUCGGCCAUUAGAGCUUCAAUGAGAGCUCCUACCCGUCCCUUCCAUUCACCUAAAACCCCUUCACUGUCAUUCCCUUCACGACACCAAUACAUGUAAAGAAAGACGUGGGGUUCCUGCAAUUGCUUCCACAGUCUCAAUAAAAUAUGCACAAAACAAUCUCCUCGAGAUUCAUUAUGUCUUGAGAGUUUGUCCCUUCUAAAAUCUUCGAUUUUUAUGCUCCAAAUGGUGUCUGCGGAUCAAAGAUCCCACCAUUCGUGGACAAGCUCAACUGGGAUUCGCUUGUUUUUGUUUUGUUUUAUUUAUUUAUUAUUAUUAUCAUUAUUAUUAUCUUGGUUUUCUUUUGGGGUUUUCUAAUUCGUGAAUCAUACAGUUCUUACUCUGUCAUGUCAAGGGAACAGUGAGAAAUGGUGGACUUGCUGUUUCGUUAUCUCUUUUCUGAUGAGCCAAGGACUUAGAGGUGUUGAAGUGUCGUUUAUUAGAAUGUCGGGGAAUUUUAAAUCAAAGAGAUUUUUGAUUUUGGGACUAAUAAGAUUUUUACUAGUUGCUGUUCUACUAGUUUGCACUUCAGAAGGGUUGAAUUCAGAAGGCUUAUACCUCCUAGAGCUGAAGGCUGGUAUUCAUGAUGGGUUUAAUCAUCUGGCUAAUUGGAAGUCGAGCGACCAAACGCCUUGUGGAUGGAUGGGUGUAAAUUGCACAUCCGUUAAUGAUCCAAUGGUUCAGUCUCUUGAUUUGAGCAACAUGAAUCUUUCUGGCACUCUAUGCCCUAGUAUUGGUGGCUUGAAUUCCUUAACCUCUCUCAAUGUUGCUAACAAUCAGUUUGCUGGAAACAUACCCAAGGAGAUUGGAAAUUGUUCAAGGCUGGAAUAUCUUUCUUUGAACAACAAUCAGUUUAAUGGGCAAGUUCCUGCUGAAUUAGGCAAUUUAUCUUGUUUAAAAGUUUUGAAUAUGUGCAAUAACAAACUCUCUGGUUAUCUUCCAGAGGAGUUUGGAAAACUUUCUUCUCUUGUUGAAUUUGUGGCAUAUUCUAACAAUCUUACGGGUCCAUUGCCUCGAUCUCUUGGGAAUCUCAAAAGUUUAACAACAUUUCGAGCUGGGCAGAAUGCAAUUUCUGGAAGCAUUCCUGCUGAGUUAAGUGGUUGUCAGAGCUUGGAAUUUCUUGGUAUAGCCCAAAAUGUUAUAUCUGGGGAAAUUCCUAGGGAGCUUGGUAUGCUUGGGAGCUUGACAGCUCUCUUUCUUUUUGAUAAUCAAUUGUCAGGUUUUAUCCCAAAAGAGCUUGGGAAUUGUACGAAUCUUAUGACUCUAGGUUUGUAUAAAAAUAAUCUUGUGGGACAGAUACCACCAGAGAUUGGGAGCCUCAAGUUUCUGCAGAAGUUAUACCUUUACAGGAAUGAGUUGAACGGAACAAUUCCGAGGGAAUUGGGGAAUCUUUCUCUGGCAACUGAAAUUGAUUUGUCAGAGAACUGUUUGGCAGGAGAGGUUCCAGCUGAGUUCAGUAGAAUAAAGGAUCUGAGUUUGCUCCAUCUCUUCCAGAACCAGCUUACAGGUGUUAUUCCAAAUGAGUUUACUAGCAUGGGAAACUUGACAAAUCUUGAUCUUUCAAUUAAUUUUCUUACAGGUCCCAUUCCACAUAAAUUUCAAUAUUUGACCAAACUGGCCCAGUUACAGCUUUUUAAUAAUGAUUUGAGUGGUACUAUUCCUCAAAGGCUUGGAUAUUACAGCCCACUUUUGGUGCUUGAUUGUUCAUACAAUCAUCUGAUAGGAAGAAUCCCUCCUCAUCUUUGUAGGUACUCCAAUCUGAUUUUGUUGAAUCUCGAGUCCAAUAAGCUGUAUGGGAAUAUUCCAACUGAUGUCAAAAAUUGCAAAUCUUUGGUGCAACUUCGCCUGGCUGGAAACAGCCUAACUGGGAGCUUUCCUUCUGAGUUGUGCAAAUUGGUGAACCUCACUGCCCUUGAAUUGGGUCAGAACAAGUUUAGUGGCUCUAUUCCUUCAGAGAUUGGGAAUUGCAUGAAGUUGCAAAGGCUUCAGCUUGGGAACAAUUACUUUACAUCAGAAUUGCCCAGGGAGAUUGGAAAUUUGUCUCAGUUGGUGACUUUUAAUGUUUCGUCUAAUUUGCUCACUGGAAGGAUUCCACCUCAAAUCAUUAACUGUAAGAAGCUUCAGCGUCUUGAUCUGAGUUGUAAUGGUUUCGUAGAUGCUUUACCAAAUGAGCUCGGAACUCUUUCACAGUUGGAGAUUCUCAACCUUUCAGAAAAUAAAUUUUCUGGAAAUAUACCUGCGGCAUUGGGAAAUCUUUCCCAUAUGACCGAGUUGCAAAUGGGCGGAAAUUCAUUUUCUGGUGGGAUACCUCCAGAGUUUGGCAAUCUUUCAAGCUUGCAGAUUGCUAUGGAUCUUAGUAACAAUAAUCUUUCUGGUAGAAUACCUCCUGAGCUUGGCAAUCUAAUUUUACUUGAGCUUCUCCUGCUCAAUAACAAUCAUUUGACUGGUGAAAUUCCAAGCACAUUUACAAAUCUGUCGAGUUUAAUGGGGUGUAACUUUUCAUACAAUGACCUUGCGGGGCCAUUGCCGACCAUACCACUGUUUGAAAACAUGGCAAUUAGCAGCUUCCUUGGAAACAAAGGUCUUUGUGGGCGACCUCUUGGUGAUUGUGAUGAAAGUCCAUCUUCUGAUGCUGUUCCACCUUUAAAUAGUGUAGAUGCUCCUCAAGGUAAAACUGUCACAGUUAUUGCAGCUGCUGUAGGUGGGGUUUCUCUCAUUCUAAUUGCAGUUAUUUUAUAUUUCCUGAGACGUCCGGUUGACAUGAUUUCUCCUAUGCAAGAAAAAGAAAUUGCUUCUCCAGUUGCGGAUAUUUAUUUCCCUCCCAAGGAGGGUUUCACUUUUCAGGACCUGGUUGAGGCCACAAACAAUUUUCAUGAUAGUUAUGUUGUUGGGAGGGGAGCUUGUGGGACAGUUUAUAAGGCUGUCAUGCAUUCAGGACAAGUAAUAGCUGUCAAGAAGCUAGCAUCUAACAGAGAGGGGAAUAACAUCGAUAAGAGUUUUCGAGCAGAGAUUUUAACUCUGGGAAAGAUUAGGCAUCGCAACAUCGUAAAACUGUAUGGUUUUGGCUAUCACCAGGGUUCCAAUCUGCUUCUCUAUGAGUACAUGGCAAGUGGUAGCUUGGGUGAAGUGCUGCAUGGGGCAUCUUGCAGUCUGGAUUGGCCGACUCGGUUUUUUAUUGCUCUUGGAGCUGCUCAGGGUCUUUCUUAUUUACAUCAUGACUGCAAACCAAAGAUCAUUCAUCGUGAUAUAAAAUCUAACAAUAUUCUUCUUGAUGAAAACUUAGAAGCCCACGUUGGUGAUUUUGGCCUGGCAAAGGUGAUUGACAUGCCUCAAUCUAAGUCAAUGUCUGCAAUUGCAGGAUCAUAUGGAUACAUUGCCCCCGAAUAUGCAUACACUAUGAAGGUCACAGAAAAAUGUGAUAUCUACAGCUAUGGGGUGGUUCUAUUGGAGUUGUUAACUGGAAAAACUCCUGUACAGCCGCUUGAUCAAGGAGGUGAUCUUGUCACUUGGGUGAGGAAUUAUAUUCGAGAUCAUUCAUUGACACCGGCUAUACUUGACAGUCGAGUAAAUCUAAAAGACACGACUGCUUAUCACAUGAUUACUGUCUUAAAAAUUGCUUUACUCUGCACCAAUGCAUCCCCUCUUGAUCGGCCAUCAAUGCGGGAAGCUGUUUCGAUGCUAAUUGAGUCUAAUGUGCAGGAGGGGAACUUCAUUUCAUCCCCAGAUGAUCAUCAUUCUCAGAAAGAUGGUUCUCUAUAACUGUGUGAAACUGGACAGGAUACUGCAAUGAUUUUUUUUUUCUUUUUUCUGGUUCAUGCUGAUUCCUCCAUGUAUCAUUUGUUGUGCUGAGAUUAGAAUUUCUCAUGUACAUUCUUUUUUACAAAAGAAUAGCAUUACAUACAUUUAUGUUCAUUAUUGAUGUUACUCUCAGACUCGUCUUCUGAAAUUAAUAUAAGAUAGUAACACUAGUCUACUGAAGUGAUAGUUCUACUUUAAA